AAGCCUAACACGCACUUAAGUCUGCUGUGAGUUUGGGUGUGAGUGAGAAAUGAAGGUGUGAGACAGAAGUAAAUUAGAGACUAUACAUUUUGAGGGACUGAUCAGAAAGGACCAUUUAUAAUGCAAAAUACUACUGAAACUUCUCAGGCUAUCAGCAACACCCUUGCACAAGAUGAUCAUCCUGCCACGGUCUCUCUCUCUCUCUCCCUCCCUCCCUCUCCCUCUCUCCCUUUCUUGGGUUGGUCCCCAAAAUGAUGAAUCUACAAGCGAAGUUGGCAGUUCAGGAACAAGUGAUUUUCAGUCUGUGCCAUCCCUUCAAAUCCCUCCCAGACCUGCAGGAUUUGGCAGUAACCAUAGUGGAAAGAGUUUACUCCACCAGGCUCCGGGUUAUCUAAAUGGAAGUUCAUCAUCAGGAAGUCUUCUUCGGGGACUAAGCUUCAACAGAAAGGUCAUCACCUUUGAUGGGGAAAGAAGUUGUCUCUUAACUUCAGGCUCCAGUACAUCCCCUGGGAGUCCUUUAGCCAAAUUCAUGACUAAGUUCUCUUUUCACAGAUGUACCUCUCUUCCCGUGACACAAACAUCAAACUUGUCACCUUCAACUCCUGUGCCUGCUUCAACAAGAACAUGUGAUGAACAAAGCAAGCCACAAAUCAAAACAGGCAAAACUAUUGUCUCAAGGUCCCUCUCUGUACCUGGGCGAAAUAUUGUUAUCGUAAGAUCCGCUUCCUUUUCUAAUCGUAGAGAGAAUCUUCAGUCAGAUGCUGUUGAUGAUCAGAUAAGUGAUUCUGUAGAAGAUGAAGAUGAAGAGAUACCUGAAGAAGACGCUGUAUGCAGGAUAUGUCUUGAUAAAUGUGAAGAAAGCAACACACUGAAGAUGGAAUGCAGCUGUAAAGGUGCUCUUAGACUUUUACAUGAAGACUGUGCGGUUAAGUGGUUUAGCAUUAAGGGGAACAAAAAUUGUGAUGUAUGUGGGCAAGAAGUUACAAAUUUACCGGUAACUUUGCUUCGUUUGCCAACUUCCUCCCGAAGUAAUAACAGGACUGAGCAUAAUCAGCAGGGUGUGAAUACAAGAACAAUAAGUGUUUGGCAGGACUUUGUUGUGCUCGUCUUGGUUAGCACAGUAUGCUACUUCUUCUUUCUUGAGCAUCUUCUGAUUCAGGAUCUUAAAACCGAAGCAGUAGUUAUCGCUGCACCAUUUUCAUUCACAUUGGGUCUUCUGUCAUCAUCAUUUGCUGUCAUCUUAGCAAUCAGAGAGUAUAUAUGGACAUAUGCAGCACUUGAGUUCGCACUUUUAGCCGUGAUACUCCACCUGGCCUACUCUGUGCUUCAUUUGAUGGCGAUUUAUGCAAUUAUGAUAUCAGCUGUGUUGGGAUAUGGACUGGCUAUGACUGCCAACUCACUAUAUAUUCGAUGUUUUACUUGGCGAGCCCAAGUUUCCCAGAGCUCUUCUUCAGCAUGACAUCAAUUUUUUAAGGGUAUGAAGAUGCAAGUUGUGAAGUAUGUUCUGCUGAUUUAACAUGCAUAAGUGUUAUAGUACAGCCUGCAACUGUAAAAUACUACUCGCAGGGUUGCAACUUGCAAGUAAUGGAAAGCUUGGAAGGCAAGUACUAGUGGGUAUAAGUAGAUCUCAAUACUGAUUGCCAAAGAGCUUUGCUCUCGUGGUACUAUCCCCAUCCCUUUAGCUGGUCAAGGGAUAAAUUUUUGACAGAGGCAAAAGUUUGGUGUGUUCAAUCAGCAAAAAUAAAAUAAAAAUAGUAAUGACCAGGCCUCUGAUUGCGUGUGCACUGUAAAGCUUGUAUAUUUUUAAGUUUAAUUAGUGUAGUCUCUAAAGAUUAUGUAUUUCAUUGUUUUUUGCAUUGCAGAACUGGCUAUAUUUGUAAAUACUGAUAUAUAAAGAUAUUCUAUGCAAUAAGACAUGUUAUACUCA